AUGGCAAAUCCCGAGAUCAAGGCCGAGUUGAGGCUCCAUCAAGAUGUCCACUCGCUGGAGGAGGAAUGGUCUGGGAUAACCGACCCAGUGAUCCGGCGAAAGCUUCAGAAUAGACUCAACCAAAGAGCAGCCCGACGGCGCAAGGCUGGCAAAAUGGCACAGACCAAUGCACUCCGGAUCGCAGGAUCUCCAGGUGGCCGUGAGAACGUGCAGUCUAUGGUCAAGCCUACCUUUCACGACGGCUUUAGGCUCAGUGACCUCGCUAGACUGCGAACUUUUACGCUCAUGUCUGCAGAGUGGACAGUUGCAGAGGAACGCUUUAAUAAGUCCGGCAAGUCAGCAUUCGUUUCGAUCCGCAACAAGGCCUCAUGUCAGCGGUGGUAUGAGAUCAUGCUGGAGGGUCGCUUAGUCGAGAUCAACGAUAUGGCGGCCCGGAUUCAGGUCGAGCAUGACAGCUCAUGGGCCUAUCCGCUACCGGCCGAUCAUCUCAUUUCACUGGUGUACUACAAUGUUUACCGUGCCUUGCUUCAGAACAUCGAGCUGCUUGGACUAGACUUGAACUUGAUGUUCACCGAUGAUUAUCCAUCACCCUUUACUCCACUCUCUCCGUCAGCGACGUCAGCCAUUCGCCGCCUACCGAUGUCACUAGAGCCAACAGACUUGCAGAAAGCCAUAGCUCACCAUCCUCAAUGGGAUAUCGUACCGGAUCCUGUGAUUAGGGACAACAUCCUCCGCUAUGGCGAGGAAAAUAUCAACGACGUCGAGUUAUGUCUCGAUAUGGUAGGAGGUAAUGAUUAUACCAGCCUCAGCGGUGACUCGCAGGAGAAGACAGGCUUGAUCAUUUGGGGUGAGCCAUGGGACCUCGAGGGCUGGGAAGUCACCGAAGGAUUUGCAAGGAAAUGGGGUUGGAUGUUGAGGAACGCGCCUAUCAUCAAUAGUACAAACAGAUGGAGAAUCACAAGAGGCGAAGACCCUCUGGACUUUGACAGGAUCUUGUGGCUUGAAUAA